AUUUACAUGUUUAUCAAAACGUCAUGCCAGGGUAAGCCUACAUGAAACACAGCCCUUAUUUUAAGUGAUUCUAAAAUCCCCUAUGAGAAAAAUGAAUGGUGGAAAAACGAUUGGAACCAUUUCCACAGACAACAGGAAGGGUACCACAUGAGGGAGGAGGAUGUCUUCCCUGUAACGCACAGCGUUCUGGCUUGUAAGGAACAUUUACGCGAUUUUGCAGGCAUUUGUUUCAGGUUGUAUAUACCAAUUAAUUGUGUAUUACAGCCUGAUUAAUCCGACUAGCUGCUUCAGCCAUGCUAAAAAUAAACUUAAUGUAUGCCUUUUAACUAUCUGCAUUGCAUAUAUCUCUAUUAAUUAUCAACUCAUGCAAGUAAUCAAUAGUUUUUCUGGAUUUGGGCAGACAAAAAAAAAAUCCUCCAUCCAUUUCCCUGAGAACAACACUGGAAAGAUGAGCAGCCCUCCCAAAUCGACAACCAUACCUCACGUUGUAAAAGAGGAGGUAGAUAUGAUAUAAUAACAUGUACAUUGUGUGGUGUAAAUGAGUCUCUUGGUUUAGCUAUAUCACAUUACUCAACUGUAUUAUCUUCAGGUCAUUGCAUCUGGGAAAUGGUUGAAACUUGAGAAGACCACCUAUGUGGACCCUGUUGGAAACACAAGGUUUGGAACACAUCAAUCAGUUGCAUAAGCUACUUUUGAUAAAAACGUUUUAUUCCAUUCUCCAUUUUACAAUUCAUCUUUGUCUUUCAAUAGAACUUGGGAGACUACGAAAAGGACAACCAGACAGGCCAACGCAGCAGAUGGUGUGUGUGUGUACAUUUCAUACUGAUGGAUAAGCAGUGACAUUAUAUAAAUUGAUUCCUGUGUUAUAUUCCAGGUGUGGGGAUCAUCGCCCUUCUGAAGAGGACCCUCCACAAAGACUGCGUUGUCAUGGUGAAGCAGUUCCGUCCACCAAUGGGGUGCUGUACCCUAGAGUUCCCUGCAGGUGACAUGGGUUUACAGUCACAUCUCAAAACUCUGUUCAGACGCAGUGUACAGUGAGGGAAAAAAGUAUUUGAUCCCCUGCUGAUUUUGUACGUUUGCCCACUGACAAAGACAUGAUCAGUCUAUAAUUUUAAUGGUAGGUUUAUUUGAACAGUGAGAGACAGAAUAACAAACAAAAAAUCCAGAAAAACGCAUGUCAAAAAUUUUAUAAAUUAAUUAGCAUUUUAAUGAGGCAAAUAAGUAUUUGACCCCUCCGCAAAACAUGACUUAGUACUUGGUGGCAAAACCCUUGUUGGCAAUCACAGAGGUCAGACGUUUCUUAUAGUUGGCCACCAGGUUUGCACACAUCUCAGGAGGAAUUUUGUCCCACUCCUCUUUGCAGAUUUUCUCCAAGUCAUUAAGGUUUCGAGGCUGAAGUUUGGCAACUCGAACCUUCAGCUCCCUCCACAAAUGUUCUAUGGGAUUAAGGUCUGGAGACUGGCUAGGCCACUCCAGAACCUUAAUGUGCUUCUUAUUCAGCCACUCCUUUGUUGCCUUGGCCAUGUGUUUUGGGUCAUUGUCAUGCUGGAAUACCAUUCACGAACCAUUUUCAAUGCCCUGGCUGAGGGAAGGAGGUUCUCACCCAAGAUUUGACAGUACAUGGCCCCGUCCAUCGUCCCUUUGAUGCGGUGAAGUUGUCCUGUCCCCUUAGCAGAAAAACACCCCCAAAGCAUAAUGUUUCCACCUCCAUGUUUGACGGUGGGGAUGGUGUUCUUGGGGUCAUAGGCAGCAAUUCCUCCUCCUCCAAACACGGCAAGUUGAGUUGAUGCCAAAGAGCUCGAUUUUGGUCUCAUCUGACCACAACACUUUCACCCAGUUCUCCUCUGAAUCAUUCAGAUGUUCAUUGACAAACUUCAGACAGGCCUGUAUAUGUGCUUUCUUGAGCAGGGGAACCUUGCGGGCGCUUCAGGAUUUCAGUCCUUCACGGCGUAGUGUGUUACCAAUUGUUUUCUUGGUGACUAUGGUCCCAGCUGCCUUGAGAUCAUUGACAAGAUAGUUCUGGGCUGAUUCCUCACUGUUCUCAUGAUCAUUGCAACUCCACGAGGUGAGAUCUUGCAUGGAGCCCCAGGCCGAGGGAGAUUGACAGUUAUUUUGUGUUUCUUCCAUUUGCGAAUAAUCGCACCAACUGUUGUCACCUUCUCACCAAGCUGCUUGGCGAUGGUCUCGUAGCCCAUUCCAGCCUUGUGUAGGUCUACAAUCUUGUCCCUGACAUCCUUGGAGAGCUCUUUGGUCUUGGCCAUGGUGGAGAGUUUGGAAUCUGAUUGAUUGAUUGCUUCUGUGGACAGGUGUCUUUUAUACAGGUAACAAGCUGAGAUUAGGAGCACUCCCUUUAAGAGUGUGCUCCUAAUCUCAGCUCAUUACCUGUAUAAAAGACACCUGGGAGCCAGAAAUCUUUCUGAUUGAGAGGGGGUCAAAUACUUAUUUCCCUCAUUUAAAAUGCAAAUCAAUUUAUAACAUUUUUGACAUGCGUUUUUCUGGAUUUUUGUUGUUGUUAUUCUGUCUCUCACUGUUCAAAUAAACCUACCAUUAAAAUUAUAGACUGAUCAUGUCUUUGUCAGUGGGCAAACGUACAAAAUCAGCAGGGGAUCAAAUACAUUUUUCCCUCACUGUAUGUAGGCCUGUCAUUGCUGUGUUUUGCCUUCUGUGUUCUGAUAUCUGUGUUUGCUGUCUGUGUGUGUUUUUGCUGUUGCUCAGGUCUGAUUGACGAGGGUGAGAGUGCAGAGACUGCUGCUCUGCGAGAGCUGAAGGAGGAGACUGGUUACAAGGGGGAGGUGGUGGGAGUCACCCCAGGUAGGGUCUUAUGAACACACACACUCAAAACACAGGGCAGAUUAUGUCCAUGUUCCAUCAGCGAGGAGAAAUUCAAUAUGCCUGUGAUCUUCUGAGUUGCCAGUUUUACCAUUGGGAAUGAGAGAGUGCAGUAUGAUGUCAGUGACUAGUGGGGCAGUAACACACAGCUGAUUACAAGUUUGAACUCCCGUUCAUCCCCCUUUCCUCUCCCCCUUCCUCUUGACCUCGCAGUGACCUGCUUGGACCCUGGCCUCUCUAACUGCACCACACAGAUCGUCAUGGUGAACAUCAAUGGAGAUGACCUUGAAAACACCAACCCCACACAGCAGCUGGGUAAGUUAGGGGUCAGACUCUUGGAAUGUUAUGAAUCUAGAAAAUGGGAUACAAUGUUUUUUAUUGUCAAGCUGAUAUGUAUUGUACAUUGUCCUGAACUUGUUCUUAUUUCUCUGCUUUCCUCCCUCUCUUUUACUCUUUUCCAGGUGAUGGAGGUAAAUCUUUUUUUCUUUAUAAUCACACUGUUGGUAUUUUUCCACUAUUAGAAUAACAUUGACCUAAAUCCUAUUCUGGCCUCUGUUUUACUUCCAGAAUUUGUUGAAGUUCUUCUUCUACCUCUUGAUGAAUUCCAGAGGAAAAUUGAUGGUGAGCAACGAUUGAAGUUUCUUCUUCACAAUUCACAAGUCAUAGUGGAAUCCAAUUUGAGACAGAAAAGCAUACUAUUACCGUUAUUAUAUUCUGCUAGUGAUUACCUGAAGAGAUCAUAUUUGCAUGAUUUCCCCCCCCCCCCCUCCUACAGACCUGAUGAAGAAGGAGAAGAUUGUGGUGGACUCUAAGGUUUACAUCUACGGCAUGGGGAUGUCCCAGGCCUUCUUUAAACCCAAUGAACUCAGAGUGCUCAAACAGUGAGAGAAUGAUGGGGAGAGAAAGUAAAGUGGAGAGAGUAAACUAGAUUGAUGGGAAUAGAGGGAGAGGGCAUUAGGCUGCCUACUCCUUUGUUGUAGUCUCUGUUAUACUACGAAUAUGGACUAAACCAGGGAUGACACUGUCAACAGGGUGGCCAUUUUGUGGCUUUAAGCUGUUGUCUUGGGGAUCAGUCCAUGAAAUUCAUGGAGUGUUACCCUACAGCUUGUAUUAUCUAAGACCCACC